AUGGCGCUUCGCAUCCCUUUUUUGCUCUCCCUAUGGAGGAGCAUCCUCCUGGUGGCCAUCUCGACCUCGGCCAUCCCUCUCAAAACACUGGACGAGCUCAUCGCCGACGCCGAUGCCGAGUUUGCGGCGACGCCAGCCGGCGGCUUCCCUUUGCUGCCCCCGAGCCGCGACCCGUGGUACCGGGCGCCGACGACGUACGACUGGAGGCAGACGGACCCGGGGCGCGUGCUCAAGAUCCGGCGCGCGCCGCUCCUCAACCAGACCAUCAGCAACGCGCUCGCCGCGUACCAGCUACUCUACCGCUCGACCGACAGCCAGUACAACGCCUCAUGGGACGUGACGACGCUGUUCAUCCCGCGGUGGCAGGCGCGGUGCUCGGCGUCGGCGCCGGCGCUGUGCGCGCACGCGGUGCUGUCGUACCAGCUGCCGUACGACACGUGCGACGUGGACGCGAGCCCGUCGUUCGGGCUGCACUUUGGCGAGCCGUACGGCGAGAUCGGCGACGCGCUCGCGCUCGGCUGGUUCGUCGCCGUGCCCGACUACGAGGGCCCGCUGGCCAGCUACGCCGCCGGCGUGCAGGCCGGCCACGCCACCCUGGACGGCGUGCGCGCCGUGCUCGAGGUCGCCGGCCGGUUCGGCCUGCGGAUGGACCAGGCCAAGGUCGCGCUGUGGGGGUACAGCGGCGGCGCGCUGGCCAGCGAGUGGGCCGCCGAGCUGUCGGUGCAGUACGCGCCCAAGCUGGCCAUCGCGGGCGUCGCGGUCGGGGGGCUGACGCCCAAUGUGACGAGCGUGACGGCGUACUUGAACGGGCGGGCGGGGGCCGGUCUGAUUCCGCAGGGCCUGCUGGGCAUCGCCACGCAGCAUCCGGACGCGUACGGGUGGAUCGUGAGCCGGCUGAAGCCGGCGUUGAAGGGGGCCUUCUUGUCCGUGAGGGGUAUGACGGCGGCGCAGUCGAUCGAGGCGUUCCAGUAUCAGAACAUCUACGGGUAUUUCGUGGGCGGCUACAGGGACCUGCACACGCGGGUCAUGGAGUUGAUGUACGACGUCGACGGGUACAUGGGCUACCACGGGGUGCCGCGGAUGCCCAUGUUCAUCUACAACGCGAUCCACGACGAGCUGAGCGACAUUCGGGACGUGGACGAGCUGGUGGACCGGUUCUGCGGCGUCGGGGCGAACAUCCUGUACCAGCGCAACACGGUGGGCUCGCACACGCAGGAGCUGGUCAACGGCAGGGGCAGGGCCUUCGCGUGGUUGCGCAGCGUACUGGAUGGGAGCUACGACCAGAUCUACUCGUCGAUGGGGUGCACCGUGCAGAACGUCACCUACAACUUGGCGCCGUGGGUGGGCUGGGGGAGGUGA